GCCACGCCCAUCUGCUCUGCUGUUAUACUGUUCGUCCUUCUCGUGCCCCCUCCAUCUCUCUCGCUUUACGACAGCAGCUUCCUGCAUCUGUCUGCGUCCUCCUGUCACUGCUCGUAGCAACAGUCUGUCAACAUGACUCACGCGUACCCCUUCCUGAGUACUGAGCAGAAGAAGGAGCUCAGUGAUAUCGCUCAGAGGAUCGUAGCUGCGGGGAAAGGCAUCCUGGCAGCUGAUGAAUCCACAGGAAGCAUGGCCAAGCGCUUCCAGGGCAUCAACACUGAGAACACGGAGGAGAACAGGAGGCUUUACCGCCAGCUCCUCUUCACCGCCGACGACAAGGUCAACCCCUGCAUCGGCGGCGUCAUCUUCUUUCAUGAAACGCUCUACCAAAAGACGGACGAUGGCAAGCCUUUCCCCCAGCUGAUCAAAGAGAAGGGCAUGGUGGUGGGCAUCAAGGUGGACAAGGGCGUGGUUCCCCUUGCCGGGACCAACGGAGAAACCACGACUCAAGGUCUGGACGGGCUCUACGAGCGCUGCGCUCAGUACAAAAAGGAUGGUGCUGACUUUGCCAAGUGGCGAUGUGUGUUAAAGAUCACCCCCACCACCCCAUCCAAGCUGGCCAUCAUGGAGAACGCCAACGUGCUUGCCCGCUAUGCCAGCAUCUGCCAGAUGCAUGGCAUCGUGCCCAUCGUAGAGCCUGAGAUCCUUCCAGACGGUGAACACGACCUGCAGCGCUGCCAGUAUGUGACUGAGAAGGUGUUGGCUGCUGUCUACAAGGCGCUGUCUGACCACCAUGUCUAUCUGGAGGGCACACUGCUCAAACCCAACAUGGUGACCGCUGGACACUCCUGCCCCAACAAGUACAGCCCUCAAGAGAUCGCCAUGGCAACUGUCACCGCCUUGCGCCGCACAGUUCCCCCUGCUGUUCCAGGUGUGACCUUCCUGUCUGGCGGCCAGAGUGAGGAGGAGGCCACCAUCAACUUGAACGCCAUCAACCAGUGUCCCCUGCAUCGGCCCUGGGCCCUCACCUUCUCUUUCGGUCGAGCCCUGCAGGCCUCAGCACUGAAGGCCUGGGGAGGCAAGAAGGAAAAUGGCAAGGCCUGCCAGGAAGAGUACAUCAAGAGAGCCUUGAACAACAGCCAGGCGUCUGUGGGGAAGUACGUGCCCUCUGGACAGAGUGGAGGAGCAGCAGCUCAGGAGUCUCUGUUUGUGGCUGACCACGCCUACUGAAGUCAGCUUCUCCUCAAUGCACUUCAUCCCCAUUCCACCCCGUCACUCCACUCCUUCCUAACACAUCCAGCUGGAACAGGCUGUAAUCUGACACACACAGACUAACCAACAGUAUUCUGUUAGUGAUGAGAGCCUCAUGAGUUCCUGGAUUUAAAAAAAACACGAUGGCUUGUAAGAGAAGACUAUAAUACCCAUAAGCCCAGUUUCCUUUAAGCUUGUCUUUGAAAGUCAGUGUUACCCUCCAGCUGGUGUGUUGUGUCACUUUAUUUUGUUUGUGCACUAAAACCCCACAGAAAGAGUUCCUCUGCAGAGUUGUCCUCAGUCUGUAGUUCCAUCAGCAGUUUUCAUCGUUUUAAUGAUUCUUAAGAACACGUGCCUUCAUUAUUGAACUGAGCCAGCUGCUGGAGGGACACUUUGUAGAGGAUUUUAAGAAUGAAUACACAGUAUUAGAGUGUAUACACUGGAAAUUAAAAUGUUCCACAACAAA